CGAACUGCUUCCGUGUUCCGAGCGCAGCUUCCGGCAGCUGUGAGUUGUCGAAUCUUUUGGAGCCCGCAGAGCCACUUAGCAGCAGCAGUGAUCUUCAUCAUCGUCAUCUUCAUCAUGCGCUGGUUUGACGGCUCGAUCCCAGCGGCCAUCGCCACAGCUAAACGGCGCAAAUGUGUGUUUGUGGUGGUGAUCACAGGGAAUGACGAUCAGUCCUCUCAGCUGAUGUCCAGUUGGAGGACGGACAUUGUGUCGAAUGCAGCGAGGAACUCCUGUGUUGCGAUUCAAGUGGACGCUCAGAGUGAAACAUGUGUCCAGUUCUCACAGAUCUAUCCGGUCGUGUGCAUCCCGUCCUGCUUCUUCAUAGGAGAAAACGGCAUUCCUCUGGAGGUCAUCGCAGGCAGCGUCACGGCGGACGAGCUGAAACGGAGGCUCGACAAAGUCACCGAGAUGCACAAGCAGCAGAUUGAAGGCGCAGAGAUGGACACAAAUCAGACGCCCGCACCGCCCGUCUGUGAGCCACAGGAUGCUGUGAACGUCGCUUCCUCCACAUCUAAAGAAUCCCUGUCUGUGCCAAUGGAGGAAGACGGAGCGUCAGGUCAUGCGACUCCAGGUGAUGAUAAAAGCCUGCCGUCAGAAGAUGCGUCCCUGCCAGAUGAGCCCUUAGAUGCCAGAGUGGAGAGGUUAACAAAGAAGCUGGAGGAAAGACGUGAGCAGAAAAAGAAAGAAGAAGAAGAGAAUGAGCUCAAGAAGGAGGUGGAGAGGCGUAAGAUGGGGAAGGAGAUACUGGACUACAAAAAGAAGCAGGAGGAGGAGAAAACCAAACGCCUGCUAGAGGAGAGGAAUCGAGAGAAGGCGGAGGAGAAGGCCGCCAGAGAACGAGUCAAGCAGCAGAUCGCUCUGGACCGUGCGGACAGAGCAGCCCGUUACGCUCAGAACCAGCAGGACGCAGAGGCGGCCAGACUAGCAGCGCUGCAAGCCAGAGCCGCUGAACACGAAGCCAAGAAAGACACCGCACAGCGAGAGAGAAGUGCGGUCGCCAGGAUUCAGUUCCGUCUGCCCGACGGCUCAUCCUUCACUAACCAGUUUCCUUCAGAGACGCGUCUGCAGGAGGCCAGACAGUUUGCUGUUCAGGAGGUUGGGAACAGAUACGGUCAGUUCUCACUGGCCACCAUGUUUCCCAGAAGAGAGUUCACAACUGAAGAUCUGGAGAAAUCUCUGCUGGAGCUGGAACUAGCGCCCAGCGCCUCCAUCGUCCUGCUGCCUCAGUCCAGCCGGCCGUCCAACACUGUGGUGAGCUCGUCUGCAGAAGGAGGCGUUUGGGCCAUGCUGGGCUCGCUGCUCUACCCGCUGCUGGCCGUCUGGAGGUUCAUCAGCGGAUUCCUGUUCAGCUCCACACCGCCACCCACAGCCGCCCAGAACCAGCACACGGCCAACGCACAGGGCUCCGGCUCCGGCUCCGGAUCCGGAUCCGGAUCCAGCGCAGAACCAAAGAGAGAUACAGUUCGUAAGAGGGUUCUUGAGAAGAGGCCUGAGGACUUCAAGAAAGAUGGGAAAAUAUACCGAUUACGGACUCAAGAAGACAGCGAGGACGACAACAACACCUGGAACGGCAACUCCACGCAGCAGAUGUAGCGCAGCGAGUCGCAUCGGUCCGAAGCGGUUUGAUUUGAGAGUGUUUCAGUCUUAACGGUGGGUUUUAUCAUUUAGGGCUGUGGUUUCCAUUUCCCCGUCCCUUCCGCUCCAUCCCGCAUGGGUAUAUCAAAUCAGGAUAGCCUAAUUCGCUUCUGCGUGCCGACUACUUUAACCAGGAACGACUCUAGGCUUGACAAACAUACUGGUUCAAAGACGAUGCGUUAGCUGCAGCGAGCAUCUGUUAUUGCCAGGAUUGAUUUAAUACAGUAACCAGCGCUGUUGUGAAUAUCCGAGGGCUUUGUGGCGUUUUAUAUGGCGGUUUUGACCCCCACAGCAUCAUAAAAUGCCUCGGCAAUAGAAUGUCUUUCUACUAGUUCAGCACAGAUGCUACUUGAUCCUUUAACCAUAGAAUAAAAGAUGUUUUUCAAUGAAAUGAAACACUUGGACUGAAGUCAUUCUUCUCUUUUUGAUUUUGUUGUGGUUUAAUCCUCUCGAACUGUCUUAAGAAAUUCAUUAAGUGUAAAAAAAAAAAAAAAAAAGUCAAAUUGAUUCAUUACGUGACACAAUCAUUUGCAAACAUACAUCCAGUUACUAUUACCUGCUGUACUCAGUGUGAUCAUGUUUUGUAAUUCAUAUUAAAGGUAACAUAUUUUGGAUGCUCA